UGACUGUGCCUGGAACACAAGUGAUCAAACGAACUAUAUUUCAGGAGACCCUUCUGCUCUCGCUUUUACAUUUAUUCUCUCUACCUCUUUCUCUUGCUUUCUUUGUCUCUCUAAGCUUCUAGCUAACAAACUCUUACGGUUCAUAUAUAUUUUAAACUUUAUUUCGACAAUUUUAUUGUCGUUCCGGUUGUACAUAUAUAUUUUUUUGUAUUCGCGCAUUUUGAAGACUUUCUGUAUUUUCUAGUUACCAACUUUACCUUAAUUUUUUACCAAGCAGCAGUAGACCUUACCUAUGGGACGGUUAAUGUGUUAUAUUCGGUCGCUUUUCAACAUUGAUAACAGCGGCAGCAGCAUUGGCAGCAAUUCUUCAGUUUUUAAAACUAAAAACAAAAACCCCACAUCGACCAAAAAUCUCGAAAAAUCCAACAAAGCGCUCAUACAAAAGUCGCGGUGCGAUGCAGACUGUGCCAGAAGACGCUCGGCAAUGCAACAGUGCUCGAUAUUUGCCCCGCCCCUACCAUACGCCAGCUAUGAGUCCUACAACAGCAACACGAGGAUGUUUUUGAACACCGGAGCUGUGCACAUUUACAAAACCGCGCUUUCUGAGGACGCCAUGCUGCCGCUGGAGGACAAAGGGCUGGGCAGAAUCAAGGCCAUAUAUGAGGCGUGGUUUUCCAAACAUGGGUCGCUAUCCAGGGACAAAAUCAGCGGCAUCUUUGUUUUUAGUUUUGUCAACGCCAACAUGAUAUCAGGCACUAUAUCCUGCGGCGGCUCGGAUGUCAACAGGACGACGGCAAAGCAUUACGUGCAGUGCCUUUAUGCGGGUACGGGAGUUAGGCGCAAAGCUCAUAUUGACGACAAGAGUGCAGGAUGCAUGGGUGCCGAACUGUGGAUUAAGGCCAGCAUGCCGCUGACGCAGGCAUGGGUGCAGUCAAUGCACAUUCCGCCGACAGAGCGCCUCAAUCGCAUGUGUCUGCUCGCUGCACCCAGUCCUGACUUCACCACGUUUCAUAAUGGCGGUAAUGAGCUGGCAGAGCUGCCCAUGCUCUCUGCGGGCCAGGGCAACCCGGUGUUCGAGCUCGACAGCGAUGUCUACGUCUAUGUCUGUCGCCUUAUACCAUGUGCUAGCGUGUGCUACACUGCGCAGUCGGCUGCCAAAAGCGCCAAGGAGCCGCCCAUAUUUGAGUUUCCAAACAUCCGCCGCGUGGCCACCAUAUCGACAGCACACAAGGCGCCCAGCUACGCCGCUGACGAUAACAACCAGAAGAGUCGCUGUAGUCACAAGGGUAAAAAGCAUGGGUACCGCCACUGCCAAAAUCAAAACAAGCAAGUGCCACAGCCGAAUGUUCUCAAGCCGGGCAAGACGCGCAGUGUAUUUAUCCAUUUGCUCAGCGACUUUAACAAAAUCGGAACAGCCAAGGAUAGCGGCGCAUGCCUGAUGCUGCCUGGAUCCAUCCAGCUCAGUGGUGGGGACAGCAUCCACCUGCAAAACGUAAUACCCGGUUCCGAGAUUAUUAUCAAGAGCUCGGGAUUCGACCGGGCGCAGUUUUUGCUGGUCGACAUGCCUGCAUACGACGACGAAGAAACGAAAAGCAUUUAAAAUUUAGCGUAACAAAAAAUAAAUAAAAAUUAUGUUGCAAAAA